AGAUGAUGGAAUUAAUCCAGCUGCAAGUAUUACAGGUGAAGUAUGGUUGAAAUUAGAUUGGAAUAGAGGUUGUAAUAGUUGUUUAGUUUGUGUGAUUUUGGAGGAUCUAUACCAAUUUGUGAAUUGA